CGCGCCGGGCACCCAGAUCCCCCGCCUGUGCCGGCCUGGAGCUGGGAGGGGAUCCUUGCCCGAACCCUUCUCCGCCGCGGAGAGUCCGGGAGGAGUCACUCGAGGGGUGAUGUCCUCGCGCUGCCCGGUGGCUAGAGGUCCCCACCCCACGAUCGUGCCAUCCACGCCUCAGUGUCUGCGUCCGGGCCAUGGGGAGACCUCGGUGUCCCGGCCAGCGCGCCCCGCCGCCCUGGCACCGCCCUCACGCGACCUCGGGGACUGGGUUCGAUCUCGGGGUCUGGAGUUGGCACCGACACAGCCCGGGUGUCCAAGAUAUGUCAGAAGCAAGACCUGUCACCAGGGACCCGCUCAUGGAGGCCCCGCCAUACGAGCCGCUACCCGGGCCUCUGUUGGCUGAAGGCGCCUUGGGUGUGACGCAGCCCUUGCGGGGGGAGGACCUCGGUCCCCCCGGGGACACUAACCUCGUGGGAUGCCUGGAAGGCAGCAGCCUGGUGGCCCUGCGGCUGGCCUGCAUUGGCGAUGAGAUGGACCUGCGCCUUCGGGGCCCCCGCCUGGCCCAGCUGCCCGGGAGGGCGGUGCACAGCCUGGCCGUCGCUUACAGCCAGACGGGGCUCUGGGGCGUGCUCAGAAGGCUGACCUGCGGUCUCACCAGCCUCAGGGACGUGUGGGCCUGGGGGCGCCUGGUCUCCCGCGCCUGGGUGAGCCCCGGCCGGGCCUGCAGGCGGCUGCUGCCCGUGCUGCUGCUGCUGCUGCUGCUUGGGACGCUGCGCCGGCUGCUGCAGUGAGGCUGGGGUCGGGCGGGGCUGGACCCUGUCCCCCUCGGCCACCACCGCCACUCCCAGGUGGCCACUGCCUGGCCAGCUUUGUUCUUUUUAAUGGUAGUGUUUUCUGAAGAUCCUUUUUAUAUUUAAGCUCAAGAUAGUGCUGGAACACUGCUGAGAUUUCGCACAGGAGUUUGCGCUGUUUUUCUAGGGAAUGAAUUCUUUAUACCUCGGGGCGUUACUGGUUAACGCCUGUCCUUGUGCUCGGCUGGCUGGGCCGCUCUUCCCUGGGCUGGUUACAUGGGUGGCAGGGGCGUGCCGGUCACACCCGUGUCACUGAUGCCUGAGGCACACGGAAUCUACUGGUCUAGAUUUCUGAGAGGUGGAGAGUUCAAUAAAAUGUUGGUUUCCAA